UGUCACUGUGAGAAUAAGUGUUAUCUAUGAGUAAGAUAUAAUCAAAUGUCAAUGUUAAAAAAGGUGAUGUUUUAUAUUAAUUAGAACAAAAUCUUCUAUUGUUAUCUAUAUGUUUAGUGUUUUUUCGAGAGUAAUUGUUACCUAAAAAUAGUAUAUAAUAUUAUCGUUAUUAGUUUUUCUAAUCUAGAUUAUCAAACAUUUUUCUAUAAACUUUUUCAAGUUUGUUUUUUUUGUUCAGAUUGAGAAUUUAACAAUGGUACUUGAUUAGAAUUGGAAUAAGGUAAAUUGAAUUGAUAAAUCGAGAUCUAUUCGACUAGAAUAGAUCCAACAAAUUAAAACAAAACAUAUCUAUCGAACAUUUAUUAUCUUUAAAUGAAUUAUUUCUAAAUUUCAACAUUGAUUUAAUGAUAGAAAUCUUUCGGAACUUAUCUACAACCUAUAAGUUUAAAUAAAACAUCUUUUUCUAUAACAUCUAUAACAUAAUCAAUGAUAGUCUUUAUGGAACGUGAGUACCAUGCUGGUUUAUCUUUUAAACUAAACGAUAUAAGGAAUAAAAUGAUGAUAUUUAUCGAAAUUAUUGAAUAUGAAUAUCUAUCAAACCGACAAUAGACUAUUCUAACAAAUAAACAAUUCCUUUUAGCUUAAAUAAAAAUACAGAACGAUUUAAAAACCAUAAGAAUUUAUUUCUUUUAAAAAAACCGAUAUAAAUUCUAUAUGGAAAUAAUAAAAUAGAUAGUUGAAAAUCUGUUUUAUUUCUUAAACGAACUGGCAAACUGAUUGAUAUAGAUUGAUUUAUAAGAGAAAUAAUAGACUCAGUAUAGAAUAGAUCAAUAAAAUUAAAUCUUAAAUCAAAAAUCAACAAUUUAUCGUUUUGUCUAAACGAGAUUUUUCUUUUAUUUAAUUGAAUAAGAUUUAAUUAUUAGAGUUUAAUCGAUUAUUUAAUAUAAAUAGAAAUGAAAGAUUCUACAUUGUGGAUUAAUAAUAUAUAUAUCGAUUUAUAUUAACUAAUAGAUCUAAUAUAUGGUUACAUUGAAUUAAUCGAAAUAUUCUCUAUUAUCUUCUAUCAAGAUCUUAUAAAUAAUUAUUAGAUUAAUAAUAAAAAUAAUUCAACGAUAAUAUUAUACACUAUUAUUACGAAUUCUCUAUCGAUCAGUAAAAACAAAAAUCUAUUCUUAACUGCAAUACAAUGAUAAAACUCUUCCUAUAUCAAUAUAUAAAAUGUUUCCUACGAUCUUUAUUUAAUAAAUCAAUAUGAGUAGAAAACGUAUGAAAGAUUUUUUUUUUCUUUUCUUUUUUUUGUACUCUAUUUCGAUGUAAAGAGAAUAGGUAUGUCAUCAGAAUAUUCUUUAAUAAGAUAAUAAAAUAUCGUAUGGAUAUAGAAAUUUUAUUUUAUCAUUUUAUUAUAUAUAUAUAUAUUUAUACCUACAGAUAAUUCAAUAUUAAUUCGAAAAUAAUAUUUCUGCUUCUGAACAAAUUCGUUUUUUUUUCAUUGAAUUUUAUCAAGAAAUUUUGUGUUUUUAAUAUAAAUCGUAAAUAUUCUAUUGAUAGAUGAAUAAUAUCAUAAAUAGAAUUUGAAAGAGAAGAAAUAUUUCGUAGAGAUUAUUUUAAAUCUUAAUAAUUAUCUUAAGGAUAAAAUAUCCGAGAUAACAACAUAACUCUUAGAGAGAUUUAUAAUGGUACGAUCUUAUAUCAGUUAGAAAUGAUGAUAAACGUUUAUAUAUAACUUAUUCUUCAAUUUUUUUAUCACAAUCUAUAAUAAUAGGAUAAUCAACAUUUUAAAUAAUAAAGAGACGUUAUUAUUGAUAUUAAAUGAUAACGAGCUAGGAUAAUAUGUUAAUAAAAGUAUAAGAUGAUAUUCUUCUUCUUAUAGAAACGAUAUAUCGUAUGAUAAAAUAUUAUUUUUAAUAUAGGUCAUAUACACAAACAGAUUUUAUGUUCUGCUUACAUGUAAAUAAAGGAGAAUAUGAAAACGAUGGAAAAUAUUUCUAAUUAACGUAUUAUCGUCAAAUCAUAUCUCAACGGUAAACAUUUCAAGUUUAAACUCGAGAAUAAAUCGUUUCCUACUAUUCCUAAGUCGGACUAAAGUAUUGACUUUAAAAAUCUCGUCAAAAUCUCCUAUCUCAACAGGAAUAAGUUGACGAUCCCAACUACCGAUGUCCAAGAUAAACGUUUUUUUUCUCUUUUGGUUUUGUGUCCCGAUAAAAUAUUUGUUCUAGUGAUCUCGGUCUAGAUAAACCUAUUCGAGAAUUAAUUCAUAUAACAUCUAAACGAACUUUUCCUAGUUCGUUUUUUUUUGUGAGUUAUUUGGUCGAUGAGUUAUCUCUUGAUUCUGAUUGUAGGCAUCGAUAGUCUUAAUUAUUUUCAUAUUGUUGAGAGAUUAUUAGAGUUUCCAUGAUGAGUAUACUUACAAUUGAAAAGGUCCAUCAUUUAUCAUGGAAUCGAAGAUAAAAAACACGAUAAGAAUUUAAUGUUAGAUUUACUGAUAACAAACUAUUAUAAUCUUAUAGAUGAUUAUCUUCAUUUCUAUAUAAUUAGUCUCGAUUAAAGAUAAAAAAAAAUAUCAAUGUUAAAAGUUAAUUUGUUAUUGAUUGUUAAAAAUGUGUUAGUCAGAUAAAAUAUUCGAGUUGAAUAUCUCGUUAUAUAAAUGAUGUCACUCGUUAAUAGGAGAAAUAACAAAUGAUUUUUUUUCUAAUUGUUUAUCGUGUUUUUGUCAAGUUUGAAAAAGUAAUAAAUCUAUUAUAUUUAUUAUAAUUAUCUAGAAGAUGAAUAUUUAUUUCUAUAAUAUGUUCAAUCUAUUCUAUAGAGAAUGAUUAGUUAUUAUUUUAUUUAGAAUAUAAUUCUUAUUUAUAAAUAGCUAUUUAAUAGCUAAGUGUGUUUUUUUCGUUGAUAGAUAUAAAUGUUUUGUUAGUCGUUGUUUAUAUAAAAUAGGUGAACAAGAUCUUUCUCGUCAUUUAAAUAUUUGAUUUAUUGAUAAGAGUUCGUUCUUAUAUUCGUGGUGGACAUAGUCAAUAUCGUUUUGAAUAAAUAUUCUGCUAUUAGAGGAUAACGAUUAUCAUCUUAUUCUACCUGAUAAAUCUUGUUUAACAUAAAGAAAUAUUUAUGAAAACAAAAUUCUCUAAACAUAAUAUAGGAUCUUAUUGUGAACAUAGUCAUAACAACAUGUUUAAAUGGAAAAUGAGGUGAAAAUAAAAACAAAAAAACUUCAUGUUCGACUAGGUAUUCAAGGUUGAUGUUAGAAUGGUAAUUUAAUAAUAUUGAUUAUCAAUAUAUUAGUAUAGAUGGUAGUGAUAGACGAUAUUAUAAACGAUUUUGUUCAAGGAUAAUCAGGCCAACCUAGAAUAAUUUAUUUUCAUUUCAAAUAAUUAGCUCAUCUUCGAUUAGGAACAAAACGAAAGAAAACAAAAAACGUUUUCAAUUAUUUUCUAUUCGUGGAAGUUUACAUCGGAACGAUGAUCAAUCACUGAAAAAUAAUUUAUUAAAAAUCUUCGUUGAAUUUUUUCAGUUUGCAUAAAUAAGUGAUCAGGUAAAUUACUCUUGAAAUCAGUCUAUCGAGCAUUGAAUUUAUUCUAUGUAAAACUUAUGAUAGAAGAUUUUGAAAAGUAAUCGUUUCCUAGAAUUAAUCAAUGAGCAUUUAUUCUUUUUCUAUGUGUUAUUGGAUGGUUUAUUGCUGGACAAGUUAUUGUAUUUGAAGUUAAAUUACGUGUUGAAUUGUUUGAUCCUGAUUUACCUGAAUAUUGUAAUAAACAUUUAUAUAAAGCUGCAUAUGUACUUAUUUUUGUUGAUUAUCUCAUUAUUCUUUUUGUUGUUAUAUUUGGUGCACUUAGUUCUAUGUCAUCUCCUGAGGAAAUGAACAAAACGAAAUCAAAACGUCCAAUUCGUCAAACACAAAAAAAAUAA